CAGGAACUGAAAUGGCAGCAAUGUUGAAGUUGACAAGAAUCACGGAGACAAGGCAUCACAUCACCCACUUGGUCACCCCAGAAGACAAGAAGGCUGGAGACAAGUCAUCACAUUACCCACUUGGCCACCCCAGCAGACAGGAAGGCUGGAGACAAGUCAUCACAUUACCCACUUGGCCACCCCAGCAGACAGGAAUGCUGGAGACAAGUCAUCACAUUACCCACUUGGCCACCCCAGCAGACAGGAAGGCUGGAGACAAGUCAUCACAUUACCCACCCCAGCAGACAGGAAGGUUGGAGACAAGUCAUCACAUUACCCACUUGGCCACCCCAGCAGACAGGAAGGCUGGAGACAAGUCAUCACAUUACCCACUUGGCCACCCCAGCAGACAGGAAGGCUGGAGACAAGUCAUCACAUUACCCACUUGGCCACCCCAGCAGACAGGAAGGCUGGAGACAAGUCAUCACAUUACCCACUUGGCCACCCCAGCAGACAGGAAGGUUGGAGACAAGUCAUCACAUUACCCACUUGGCCACCCCAGCAGACAGGAAGGCUGGAGACAAGUCAUCACAUUACCCACUUGGCCACUCCAACAGACAGGAAGGUUGGAGACAAGUCAUCACAUUACCCACUUGGCCACCCCAGCAGACAAGAAGGCUGGAGACAAGUCAUCACAUUACCCACCCCAGCAGACAGGAAGGCUGGAGACAAGUCAUCACAUUACCCACUUGGCCACCCCAGCAGACAAGAAGGCUGGAGACAAGUCAUCACAUUACCCACCCCAGCAGACAGGAAGGCUGGAGACAAGUCAUCACAUUACCCACUUGGCCACCCCAGCAGACAGGAAGGCAGAAGACAAGUCAUCACAUUACCCACUUGGCCACCCCAACAUCAUAUUACCAUCAGCGGAAACCCUCCAAACCGGCUUUCUUUGGGACUAGCAAAUAAUGCUUGUAUAGAGGGUGUCGCCUACUUAGGUAAUCCUUAUCCAUACUCCUUUUAUCAGUCAACAUCAAUGAGCUUAAUGCCGAUGGUAUUCACUGUGUUGUUAAUACACGUUCGGCCAAUCAGCCAAUAAAAAGGAGAGCCGAGAUACCAGAUGCCAGUUUAGAGAGUGUUAAUAACUGUACAAACUGUCAAUUGGGCGGUCUUUGUUGUGCAGAAAUACGGAAUAGACUGACACUGGAUUGGAGGGCGUGUAAAUGAUCAUAAAUUAACUAGCUUCUGCCGGGACCA